AAGUUAUAAUUGAUAGUAACCUGUCGCUGUUUUCAAUAACACGACGAGUUAAUAAAGUAUUUUAGUUAAGUGUAUCUUUAACGUGAUGAUUAAACAUGCAAGAAAUAUUGGAUAACGCUCAAAUAUUUAAUGGUGUUGACAGCUCCAGUCAAUGUGAUGAUUCCAAGGCUUUCCCCAGACCCCCAUGGAGAACUGACACUGUUGACAAAUAUUCCCUCAAACCUCAAUCUAAUCUCAUGGUGACACAUGUCAAUCAAACACUGGCUUUGCAGAAAGCAAAGAAGUUUUCAGCCACCCCCAAUAAAACACAAACUUCAGAGGAAUGGUUAAUGAAUCAUGACCUCACCUACCAAGAGAUAACUCUUAAGGAUUUGCUUAUAAAGGGGAAACAAGUCAAAAAAGCAGGAGAGGGAAAACACCUAGUGUUUGAUGCAACCGUUAUUACAGAAAUGGAAUACAAAUUAAAUAUGGCAAUUGAGCAAUAUCACAUGAGAGUUAAAUGGCUUUUAGAGGGAAGCAAAAAGUUGUUUGGACUGGUAAAAGGGGAAAGAGUUGGUGUUCUUAUUGACUCCUCUGAUGCUAAUACUGGCUUUGGAAGGCUGCAAGAUUUCCAGCAAUCUUUACUGUAUUUGAUGGACGAACAACUGAAGUAUAAGAAGUCAUUAUACUUGUUAAGUUUUGGAAGCGAACCUGAAAGUUUAUGGAACCAUGCAAGAGACCUCAACCUAAGAACUUUAGAGGAAGCGCGAGAUUUUAUCCGGGGCCUCCAUCCUGCUGGAGGAUGCAAUUUACUCAAAUCUUUCAAAAAAGUUCUUCAAGUGAAAAAACUUAACUCCCUUCUGAUUAUUCUUGGAAAUUGCCCAGACCAGACUUCUUCAGUGUUGUUUGACUACAUACAGCAAUGUUUGCUUGGUAGAAAUCUACCCGUACAUGCCGUGGCAUAUGAUACAAGUAACCACUUGACGCAUGACACACUGAAGAAAUUGGCUCAGCAUUCAAAUGGAAGAUAUCAUUGUUACAACUCCUCUGAUGACAGAGAAGUCUAUAAGAGCUUCGAUAUCCAGCUGUUACUGAGAGAAGCACAGCGGGCAGUUGAUGUCAUUUCCAAAAUUAAACAGAUGAGAACUGGAAUGCUUGGCGAUGCUUUGAUCAGCAUAGAAAACGAGAUAUCUCUAGAAGUUGGUCGUUUAUCCAAUGCUCGUUUACUUCCCCGGCCCCCUAACCACCACCGUCCACUGAGCAUCGAAACCCCAAACUUUCACCCACAACCAUCCGUUGCAUGGCUUGCCGAGAGUGGACUGCGUGCCAAUAACUUGAACCUUUACCAGAUUUUAGCACCAAAUGCCUUCGAUCCAGUUCAAGAUUUUGUUCCAAUUUUAAGAAAACCUGUUGGUUCAAAAGUGCAUGGGUGUAGAUUUGGAAGUCACCCAAAAAUGUGGAAACCUCAUAUGGUAAAGCCAUCACCAGAGAAUUUGCAAGCUGCUUGGAAUUGGGUACAGAACUUGGAAGCAAGUGGUGGAAGAAAUGUGAUGUCAGCUUUCCGUACAGCUAUUGAGAAUGGAGAGGAUAUUAAGAUGUUUGGAGGACCACAAGCGAUCUACGUCAUUAGCAGUGGUGUCCCAGAUCAAGAAGAGGAUGUAUUAUGCUCCUUUGUAAGCGAGUGUACCAUUGGAUCAGAACUAAAAGUCCAUACAAUUCUCUUCAGCAUAGAUGAUUACAGUUUGAGUGAUUCUGAGUUACCAAGUCGAUACGCCACCAUGCCACAAACAGCAGGUUAUUUACGGAAUUUUGCACACGCUGGAUCCGGACGUUUUCAUUGGUUCAGAGAAACAGGGGUUGUAGAAAGUGACGACAUCAUAGCAAUAACUCGAGAGAUGGAUCGCGCGGUUCAUUACUCACAACGUUGCUCGCUGUUAGUGGAGUCAGUCAAGGCAAGAGAUGAUUUAAGGAGAGAGCAAUCAGCUUUAAAACAAAGUCGAUUAAUGAUUUGUAAUGGGGAUUUUAACCGAAAAAAGAAAACUGAGAUGGUGAAACAAAUAGAGUUCAUUGAACCACGACCAACAGCUUUGACCUUGGCUAGGAUGAAUCGCCAAGAAGCUGAAACAACUAAAGCACUCGCAUGGAAAGUAUCAAAUAGAAAUGCUAGCUUACCACCAACACCAUACAAAAGUCAGUCUACCGAUGAAGAAACUUCAUCAAAUCGACCGCAAUCGUCCAAAAAAUCUCGCCGGCCACAAAAAGAAACUUUCUACACAGAGGAUAAAAACUCCGUGGGUGUUGUGUACAAGAAAUAUCCCAAGAAAAAAAGUGUAAGAAAAGCAGUCCCUGAACCUAUUUUUCCACAAAUGGAAGAGAGAAUUACUUCUAAACAAUGGCUACGAAAGUAUGGAAUCAAAAAAAUGAAGUUGGACUUAAACAGAUAUGUGUCUGGACCUGUGUGUAUUCAUAAGAAGGCAAGAAGCAAGAAUGUAACCUCAAAGUGGUUCUGCUCCAUCUUUCCCAGCGUGGAUAUUGAUGGCCAAGUACGACACAUUGACAUGCAAGAGUCGGAGAUGGUUGAAUAUGAGAAACAUGUUGUGACUUUAAUACGUCGAUACCUUACCAGAAUGCAAUGGUUAUUGUCAGGAAGUAGGAAAAUGUUUGGAUCAAUCUUGGAAAGCAAUGUUGUUAUCCUGAUUGAUGUAUCUGGUUCCAUGAGUUACAAUAUGGAUGAGCUAAAGAAGGAAAUAACAUCAUUGAUAUGGGAGCAACUUAAUGGGAACAAGACAGCGUUUAACAUAGUUGCAUUUUCCAACACAAGUACAAAGUGGCAAGAUUCAAUAACUGAAUCAAAUCAAAGUGCUUGCCACGAUGCUGUGCAGUGGGUGUCUGCUCUAACAGCACAUGGUGGUUCAGCUACUUUGAAAGCUAUUCAGGUGGCACUUGCAGAUGAAGAAGCAGAAGCAAUAUAUUUGCUCACAGAUGGUAAACCUGACUCCAGUAUCAAGUUAACUCUAUCUGAAGCAAGCAACCUCAACAAAAAGAAUAUUCCAAUCCAUACAAUCUCCUUCAACUGUGACAACAGGGAAGCAAACGAUUUUUUGAAGAGCUUAUCAUCGAACAGUGGUGGUAGAUUUCAUCGUUGCCAUGGAGAAGCAGAUGCACAGUUUGCUAUCCAUCGACUCAUGCAAGAUGAAUGCUUUGAUGAAGAUGAUCCAAAUCUCCCCAGCUUCCAAGGUGAUGAUUUGAAGAGGUUGAAUGAUGAAGUGAAUAAAGCAAGGAAGUUUUUAACACAAUCCAGGAGGUUUAAAUCCAUAAUACAAGAGCAUGAAGCUGAAACAAGAAAAGAACAAGAACCUCCAAGCCCCCUACCUAACAAGUGGAUAUCGGAUAAACCGUUUUUACCAUAAGGAAACAAUACUGUACAUAUUCUAAUAUUAUGUAAGUAUUUGGCUAAAAACUAUCAUGUUUUUUCAAUCCUGGUUGUGUUUAAUAUCUAAUUCGUUACACAUAAUUCGUUACACAUUCUUUUGAUCAUGUUUUCUUCUAGUGUCUGUAACUUAAUAACUCGCACUACAUAAAAUACACUGUAGCCUAAUGAAGUA